AGAGUUGCUUUCCCCUAAUAAUUUCUCCGUUAACACACUCCACUAAAUAUUGAGGUUGAAGACGAGCAUUUGCUGAUGCUUGAUGGGUAUUUCAUAGAGAUUGUCAAGAAACUUCAAUUUAGAAACUUCAAUUGAAAGUUAUAUUUGUUUUCUUGGUUUAGCACUAUAUUUAGCUCCCUCCAAGAAUUUAUGUCUAUACGUCCAUCGAUCAGAUCCUUUUUUUUUUUUUUUUUUAAAUUGAUUGCAGCAUCCAUCAAGUGUUCUAAUGGCUUCCCAUAUCACCCAUCGCCGAUUUGAUGUUUUUCUGAGUUUUAGUGGCAAAGAUACUCGCGUUAAUUUCACCAGUCAUCUUUAUGCUGCUUUAUCUCGAAAGUCGAUUACCACCUUCGUGGACAAAAUUGAAGUUAGAGGAGGAGAAAAAAUCAUUGAAGCAAUCUUUUCAGCAAUUGAAAACUCAGAAAUUGCCAUUGUCAUUUUCUCUAAAAAUUAUGCGUCUUCUCCAUGGUGCUUAGAUGAACUUGUAAAGAUUAUGGAAUGCAGUGAAACUCGCAAGCUCAUGGUUCUACCCAUAUUUUAUCGUGUAAAUCCAUCGGAUUUAUUGAAUCAGACUGGAAUUGAAAGGUUACCCAAAGAUGAGAAACUGCCAAAGUGGAAGGAUGCCUUGAACCAGGCAGCAAAACUAUCCGGUUGGAAUUUGCCUCCUACCAGGCCAGAGUCUGAAAUUGUUGGUGAAAUUGUCGGAUUUAUUGUGAAAAAAUUGAAACAAGUCCCUUUAAGUAAGAUAGAGGGCCUUGUGGGAAUGGAUUCAAGCAUUGAGGAAAUUAAAGCAUUUUUGUCCUCGGAGUUGGUAGAUGUCCUCAUUUUAGGAAUUUGGGGAAUGGGCGGAAUUGGUAAAACAACUCUUGCUGAAGCUGUUUUCAACCAAAUUGCAUGUCAAUUUGAAGGAUGUUGCUUUCUAGCAAAUGUUAGGGAAAAAUCUGAAAAAAGUGGUGGAUUAACCUGUUUACAAGAGGAGCUUCUUUCUAAAACAUUAGAGGAAAAAGAUCUCAAGGUUGACACACCUAAUAUUGGAUACUCUUUUUUAAUUAAUCGAAUGCUCAGCAGUAAGAAGGUUUUAAUUGUUGUUGAUGAUGCUAGUAGUUCCGAUCAAGUAGAGUUAUUAGUUGGAAAUCGUCAAUGGUUUGGUCCAGGAAGUAGAAUUAUCAUAACAAGCAGAGAUAAACAAGUGCUUAGAAAAAGUGUUGAUCAUAUGUACGAAGUUAAGAAAUUAGAGCAUCAUGAAGCUCUGCAACUUUUUAGUCAGAAUGCCUUCAAGAUGCAGAAUCCUACAGAAGAUUACCAGGCUUUAUCAUAUUCAGUUAUAGAAUAUGCUAAGGGUAUUCCUUUGGCUGUUAAAGUAUUGGGUUCCUUUUUGUUUGCCAAGAGCAAAAGCGAAUGGGAUAGUGCAUUGUGUAAACUCAAAAAAGCUCCUCAUAAAGAUAUAAAAAAUGUGCUUAAAAUUAGUUAUGAUGAGCUUGAUGGGGAAGAGAAGGAUAUCUUUCUUCAUAUUGCAUGUUUCUUUAGUGGUGAGAGUCUGGGUAUGGUAACACAAAUACUAGAUGGAUGUGGCUUCUCAACUGAAAUUGGAUUACGUGUUCUCAUUGAUAAAUCUCUCAUUUCUAUUCCAAAUAAUACGAUAGCAAUGCAUGAUUUACUGCAAGAAAUGGGCAAGGAAAUUGUUCGCCAAGAAUUUAAAGAGCCAGGCCGACGUAGUAGAUUAUGGAAUCAUGAAGAAAUCCUUCAUGUAUUGAAAAAGAAAACAGGAACUGAAGCAAUUGAAGGCAUGUUCCUUGAUAUGUCUAAAAUAAGCAAGAUGCACUUGAGUUCGAAUGCAUUUGAGAGAAUGCAUAAUCUACAAUUUCUCAAAUUUUACAAGUCUGAUUGCUGUCGUGAUUUUGGAGAAGAAAGUAAAGUGCGACUUUCUCAAGGCCUAGAAUCUCUUCCUGAUGAGCUAAGGUAUCUUUAUUGGCACGGAUACCCAUUGGAAUCUUUGCCUGCUAAUUUCCACCUAAUGAACCUCAUUGUUCUUUCGUUGCCUCAUGGCAAAGUAAGAACACUUUGGAAGGGAAACAAGGAUCCUACAAAGUUAAGAGAAAUUGAUCUUAGUUUCUCCCAAGGCUUAAUCGAUAUUCCUGACCUAUCAAGGGCCAGUAAUCUUACUUGCAUGAAGCUAUCUGGCUGCAACAACAUUAAAAGUUUGCCAAGUACCAUUGGUUUGAGAUCUCUUAGAACUCUUGAUGUCAACAACUGCUCAAAACUCAAAAUAUUUCCAGAGAUAUCGAGGAACAUAAGAUUCCUGUAUUUAAAUGGGACUGCAAUCAAAGAAGUACCCUCAUCAAUUGCAUACCUCAUAAGACUGCAAAUACUGGAAAUGAAUUUUUGCACUGAGCUUGAGAUUCUUCCAAGCAGCAUUUGCAAGUUAAAGUCCCUUGAAAUCCUUAGUCUACAUGGUUGCUUGAAUCUGAAGAAUUUCCCAGAAAUCUCUGAGGUUAUGGAUCAAUUGAAGGUGCUUAUCUUAAAUGCAACUGGCAUUAAAGAGCUCCCAUCCUCUAUUGAGCAUCUAAAAGGGCUUUCUUCAAUAUAUUUGGAAAACUGCAAAAACCUCACUUAUCUUCCAGAGAGUUUCUGUAAUUUGAAAGCUCUUUAUUGGCUUUUUCUUGCUUCUUGCCCACAACUUGAAAAAUUGCCAAAAAAGUUAUCGAAUUUAACAAUAUUAGAAGACCUCACAGCAGGUGGAUGUAAUCUGUUGAAAUUACCUUCUCAUCUAAAUCAUUUGUCCUGUAUAUCGAAGCUGGAUCUAAGUGGAAACAGUUUUGAGAAACUGCCUGCAAGUAUCAAAAAACUUCCUCAUCUGCAAUGGCUCAACAUAAGUUCCUGCAAGAGGCUUCAAUCUGUAAUGGAGCUUCCACUGUCUCUAACAGAUUUAGAUGCACAUGACUGUGGAUCCUUGGAAGAUAUCUCUGGCCUUAAACAACUUUUUCAAUUGAAAUGUGUGGAAAAAUUCUAUCAGAAAAGAUUCGUAUUUACUUGUUGCUUCAAAGUGGAGGAAAAUGUUUGGAGUGAUUUCCUAGCAGAUGCACAGUUGUGGAUUCAGAAAGUGUCAAUGAGAGUGAAUGACGAGGAAUCUUUUAGCAUCUGGUAUCCUGGAAGUAAAAUUCCUGAGUGGUUCACAAAUCAAAGUGAGGGAAGUUCAAUCAUGAUCCAGUUGCCUCCACAUUCACGCAAGUAUGUUCUGUUGGGGUUUGUUCUAUGCGUUGUUCUUGCAUUCCAAGCUAAUUUUGAAUAUCAUAACAGUUUCUUCCACGUUCUUUGUGUCUACCAUUUCAAAAAUAAUUGUGGAGACUGCAGUGAUCUCCAAGAACUUUAUAGCAGUAGAUCUCAUGUAUCCGGUAAUGCUAAAAACAUCUGGUCAGAGCAUGUGCUACUGUUUUUUGAUCCCAAUUUCUCUGCUGAAAGAGCCAGUGAAUUUCGCUAUGAUGAAGCCUCAUUUGAAUUCCACUUGCAAAACAACGACAGCAAUGGUAGGCAGAGUUGCAAGAUUAAAAACUGUGCAGUCUUUCCACUAUAUGACCAAGAAGAGAAAUACAGCAACAUGGAAGAAGAAACUUGUAAAAGAAAGAGAUCCUGGGAUGGAAGUGGGAGAGAGGACUAUCCUAAAAGGAUGAUGAUGCAGGAUCAUUUUAGGAAGAAAUUUAGGAAGUAGUGUUUUAUAUUAUCUAGGAAGUUUGAGCUUGUUUAGUAUUCCUAAUUAGUAUUUGUUUAGGUAUUUUAUUGUUUUUGUUUGGGAUUCCAAAUCCUAGUGGUGAUAAAAUUAAUAUUAUAUUAUAUUUGAGAAUUGAUUUUAAGAAUUAAUACAAAUUCUGAGAAUUGUUUCUCAUCCCUCUUUUUGAGUGUUC